AUGGUAAGUAUAAACAUAAAGAGCUUUUCCUAAAGAAAUUCAGUAGCACCAUGGGUAUAAAAGAAAGAGAUGUUGUCAUGGUCGGGUGGGCUGUUUGGCAGUGACGGCAAAGCAAUCAGCUGGUGAUCCAAGCAGUAUUCAAACCUUUGAUUGCUAGAUUGCAGGUCCCAAACAGCCCAGUCAAAAUGACCCGGCAGUUGGCAAUAAUUACUCCAGCCGCCUAAUCAACACUUUGGUUUACUAAUAUUAAAAUUAAUAAUAACCACCCAAUUUUAGGUCUUUGCUGCCUUCUUCUUUGGUUUUUCUGCCUAUUGUUGUAAAGCAUUUUUGCUGGCCUGCCUAUAUGCUGAACUCCCAGUCAUCGUGCCUCCUGGAGUUAAUUCCUGAGGGUUUCAUUACCUAAACAUAUCUACAAGUACAUCCAACAAUGUUUAAACCAUUUGCACUGCUGUCAACACUGCCUUUGCAAAGGUUUAAUAAUAAGAAUAAAUAAUAAUAAUAAUUUAAUAACUUAUAUAGCACUAGUUUACAUAUUCUUAUCAAAAGUGCUUUACAGGUAUAAUGAAAUUAAAAAUUAUGCUUUUAAAUAUGUACAAAAACUAGUUAUAAUCAAUGAAAAAUAAAGAAGAAAAACAUAUUUAAAAAAUAUCAUUAAAACAGGAAAUAAAUAAAAAUGCUGACCCAAACAAAAACGUCUUAAUGGCUUUACGAAAUAGCGCAAACUUCAACUGUGUGCAGACGUAAUAAAUAUUAUUAUUCUUUUUUUGCAAAUAACCCCAUUUAGGACAAGCAGCUAAAAGGUACAGUGUACAGAAUUACUGGUUCAAUUCCUGCCAGCAACUUCAUUCAGUUUCCUCGUACUAGUACACAGUCACUGGGAUUGACUGGGCGGUAUCUCUACUGCCUCUUUCGGCCAAUCCCUGGCAAAUAUUUUGUGGUACAUAUUGAUGUGGCAACAGAUGAUGGGCUGACCAUUAGGAUUUCCUUUUCAAACAUGUUCAAGGAGUUCAAGUCAACUUCAACGUGGCUGCAAUUUCCAUUUGUGUCAAGCCCUGCCCCAGGAUCUGUUGAUGAAGUUACUGUUGGCGAAGCGUCAGUGUUAAGUAGUAAGUCCAAUAAUAUUGUAAAUCCUCUAUUAACCUAAUUAUUCUUUACUUAUAAAUGAGAAUAAAUGUCCUUUUGUGAUCUUCCACUGUCUUUCCUUGUUGUUGCCUUUAUGAGCACAGGGUACCAAAAUUAUCGAUGCCUUCAAUUAAAUAUUGAAUUGAAUAAUUUUGUGUCACUCUGUAUCAACAAUUUCUUUGUUCAUUAAUAAACAUUGUCUACCCCUCAGCCAUCAAAUCAUCUUUCCAAAUUCCCUCCCUUCUGUUGUGAAUCAGAAUAAUAAAUUGUCAGAGUAAUAAAUUAUUAUCUUGGGUAUCUUAGGUCUUGUUGGCAUGACCCCACAGGCGACACGAUGGACUGUUCUGGUGCUGGACUUUCGAUACAUCUUAUCUGUUUACCUGAACCGCCAGUAUGCAUACAUGAAGAACAUUCGUUUGUGUGCCAGUAUGUUUCUUAAAGGACUGUUUACUAGCGACAUUGAUUAUCAGCCUGGAAUCUCUGCUUCUGAAGCCCGGAAACUGGGUUUGUUAGACCAAGGUAUCAGUCCCAUGCCGAGAGAAAUGGCAUUUUUGCUACCAAAAGGAGAAGAUUGGCUUCAGCUUUAUGACUACAUCAAGUUUCCCCCUGAUUCUAAAGUUGCUCAAUUUGGAAUCAUAGCAAAUGUGAAGUCUACAUUGAGUCACCACAAGACCGUCCCAGUUCAUCAAAGUUCAGAGAGAGAACAUUUUCAUUACCAGGACAAAAAAAUUAAGCCGAAUCAUCGUAGUCGUGUUAAUGUCAAUGGAAAACUGCCUAAGGGAAGUUAUGGAAAUGUUCCUGUAAUGGAUGAAGAGAAGGUGAAUAAUUACUGAGUACAAAGAAAGUCAGUUUUACAGCUUGCCAUUCGGGCAAGUUGUAGUGGUGGCAGGGUUGAACUAGCCCAAAAGUCAUUUCAACUAGCCUGAAAAGGUUUUUUUGACGAUCUGUAAUUUGAAUUCCCUUAAAACCUUCAUUUGCUCAUUGGGCAAGUUAGGAACAGCAUUCAUUAGCCUGAUAGCAAAAUCCACUAGCCCAGGGCCACUGGACAGUACUGACUUUCUCUUUGGUCACUGAUUCUAUGCUUUGUAGACAGAAAAGCUUGGCAGUGUUAUGUCCCGCUUUUAGUACUGUAUGAACAUAUUUUUCUUGUCAGACGGGCCAGGCAGUAGCUUCUAGAGUGGCAUUAGUGGACAGACUUAAUCCACAGAAACAACCUACAAAGAAGGUAUGUGGUAAUACCACUCAAUAUUUGUCAAUUAAUUUUCUAAGUCAAAGGGGAAGGAGGAUUUUCAACGUCUCGCUGUCACUAAGUUUAGGUAAUCCUACCUAUCCCCUUCAAUUUUCAUGGUGCUAUCCUCAAGCACUGUUGUCAGAGGAGGUGGGUCUUCAGCUUUCAACGAUCAACAUUUUGAGCCUAAAUAGGGGUGCUUAAUAAUUGAAGCCAGCACUUUUUCAAGCAUUUAUGGUAAGUGUUUUUCUCUUUCCUCCUCUGUGUUUGUUCUUUCUGGGAAAACUGUGCAACGGAGAAAGUAGCUCAAGUCAGUCAUAACCUAUGUGUUGUUUGUUUCUCAGCGGCAGUUUGUCAUUCCCACUGCCCUUCCAGCUGUUGGAGUGCAGGGAGCAGGUUUGGUAGAUGAGAACAAUGGUGAAGUGCAUGUUUAUGCCCAUCCAAGCAAAGUCGUCAAUAAUCUUCAACAUCCUAAAGAGAGAGAAAAGGUAUGAUUUAUUUUGAGCCCAAUCUUUUUCUUUUAUACUUAUGGUACUUUUUCAUCCAUGUUGCAAUCAAAUGGUUUAGCAACUGCAUGUUAUAGCUGCGCACAGUCCAUUCAAGUUCAGGGUAGUACUAGCUGUCUCCCUACAUUACCUACCACCCGUUAGCUGCCUUUUCACUUAUCUACCUGUCCCUCCUCCAACUCACUGGCCUGCUGCCUACCCCCUGCUUGUACUAACCUACUUCAUACCUACCUACCCACCCGCACACUUGACUGGCCUAUGAAAUCAAACUUACCUAACUUUGGGGAUAGUUUUUCUUUCAGGAGAAAAGGCAGAAGUUAGUACCUACCAGUGGCGGAUCCAGGGGGCCCGGGCCCCCCCCCCUUAUUUUAGACCCAAAUGAGGCCCGAAGUACUGAAAAAAAUUUUUUUGAGCUCCCCCCCCCCUUAUCUCAGGGUCUGGAUGACCCCCCCUCCCCCCAUCUGAAGGUCUCGAUUCGCCACUGCCUACCUACGUGUCUGCCAACCUGUUCAUCCACCCCCUGACCUGCUUACAUGCUUACCUACAUGGGGACUGGGGUGUUUACCAUUUGCACAAACCAAUCAGGUGGAAAUCUUGUGCAUUAUUGUAAAGUCUAUAAAAUUUGACUUGGUGGGAGAUCAACAGGCUACACAGUAUAUCAAAAUCAGCUUAACACACCAAAAAGAAAAGAAAAAUAAUAAAUUAUUGCAUCACCUCACAAACCACGGCCCGUAUUUUCUGAAGCUUCCCAAACAGAAUGGCCCGAACCAUUUGAUUUUCCAACUGCUUUUUUCAGUUUUUCUAUGUAAAUGGUAAGUGCCCACUCCCUUGUGUACCUACUAAUCUACCUGCAUACUUUUGUAGCUGCCCACCCAAUGAUCCACCUAUCUGCUUACCUUUUAACAGUUAGUUUUGACCCACCUGCUUACAUUCCAACUUAGUACCUACGUAGGUUGCAACUGCUCUAGCAUAGAUAAUAAAUUAUUGUAUUUUAAUUGGUUCUUUUAUGGCCAAUUUAGACGUUACUAUUUUUGCUUACCACUAUCCUGCAUGACUAGCAUACGUCACGACUUUUGACCAUCCACAUGCACACAAUUUUCACUUACGAUAUCCACACGUGUUGUACGGAUUUCAUGGGUCUAAUUCACACAACACUAUCUGACGUGAAGUCAUGACGUAUGCUAGUCACGCAUGACAGUGGUAAAUAAAAAUCGUAACAUUUAAAUCGGCCUUUAGACUUUUGUUUUCAUAAAAACAAACAUGUGAUGCAUUUGUGAGUAAAUGAAGAUGCUAUCCUAAUAGCUAAAAUUUGUCUCUAGGCUGCUCAAAAUACAAUAACACUGAAAUGUAAUUUUCAUGAGCCUCAAAAUUUUUUCUGGGUCCCACCAAUGAAAACGGGGCAGCCUCCCUCCCAUACCAACCCCUACACAAGGCUGCAGGCUGUGCUGUGUAAAACCCAUGCCCUUAAAUCUAAUCAGUUGUUGCCUACUUACACAUGUAAUAGUUUUCUCCUUUUUCAUUCAAUUUGCUGAAGAACCCUGAUUUUCCUACCAAGCAACCUACCUCCUCACCAAUAUACCCACUUACCUAAAAAGUACGUACCUACCACUUACUUAUGCACUUUUCCUUCCUAAUAAUACCUUCCUUCCUCCCUUACAGUGUGUACAUGUUCACUGGCCCAUAUUACACAGCAUUUUUUAGUUUUUUAACUUCUUAGUUUCAGAGAGCGGAAAUACCCAAGGCGACUAAGGCAGGAAACUUUACGGUAAAAGUGGAUUCAUUUUUGUGUAAUUGAACAUUUAUUGCUAAUACAGCAUAAUUAACUAAAUACACUUUUAUUAUUUAACUACCCUCCUUUCUGGAGAACUGCAGAUUCCCAAAAUAUCAAAUGGAAUCAACUUUUCUUGCCUUUUUUGUAGACUCUAAAACCAGAUCCAAUUUUGUCUCUCAAAAGAGUGGUAGGCUUUGGAGGUGGUACUUUUCGUGAGGUAAGCUUUAUUUUGCACUUUUGUUUCAGCUUCUCCAGUUGUAGUCUGUGUUUUUUAAUCCUGCUUUUAACAGGCAAUAAAAAGUGGCAGAGGUAAAACGUAAACUAAUCAAUAACUGAGCAUUGUAAACAAUUUUUGCGGAAAAAAAGCAUCAGGGACAAAUGUGUACUUGCAUUUUUGAACUGAUUUAAUUUAGACAACUUAAUGAGCUUCUGAAUUUGGCUCUGUUAUUGUUUGCCUAACAGUGUAAAGAGCUUUUCAGUUUUCUCUUUUCCCCUUCUCCACUGACAAGAUUACUGUAUUUUGCUCAGUGAUAUUGUGCACAAUUAGAAAACAUGUGCAGUGUAAUGUCAACUCUAGUCCCAUUUCUCCUUUAAGGAACUGUUUAACAGUCAGUUGGUUUACAAUGUAAGUAGUUUUUCAAAAUGACCAAUUACAAUAUUAUUAUCCCCCAAAAUAGACCAGUAUUCACAUUUAGCAACAAAACACAAUGUGAUAAUUUCACUUUCUUUAAAAUGGAGAUGAUACCCUGUAUUUUAAGCAAGAAAUGAUGCUGAUGGACUUUCUGCACUCAAUCAAAAUCUUUAACAUAGUAUCCAAUGAAUGUCUCUUAUGAUUUAGUGAGGGGAAUACCUGAUAGUAAUUUUCAAACAACACAGCAACAUGAAAUGUUAUUUUUUUAUUGAAUAAGUGACAAUCUUUUCACUUACAGGCUCUGUGGACCAAGAAUGGAUCAUGUAUUGUGUACCCAUGCCAUGCCAUCAUUGUGUCAAUAGAUGUUACAUCAGGUCACCAACAGUUCUUUAUGGGCCAUACAGAUAAGGUAUUUUAAAGUCCUGUGUAGAAGAUACCAAUUCCAGAGAAAAAAAAUGAAAUUUGCCUGUGAGUAAGGCUUGAUAGCCGUUGAAUUGAACAAAGGCAAAUGUCAGACAGGGAAACAAGGAAAUAAUAAUGGUAUCAAAAAUUUUUAAAACCUACUUUCAAUCAGCAGAAGAAAACCUCUCCCAGUAAGCAUGACGUGUGUUUUGGAGUCUGGUCAUGUUUUUGGUUUUUUUGUUAAAUGUUUGUGGAUUCUGGGGUGUGUUUUGGAUUCUGGGAAGUGUUUGUCCCCACGAGCCAUGAUAUUAUUAAUGGUAGGAAAUGACUCUUUUAAAGAUUAUCUUGGUCCAUGCAAAUUUCAUUAUUCGUUUUGUUUUUUUCUUACUCUAAUGAUAUGAAGUCAGAAAUGCUUUAUUUAUCUUUUCAGGUGGGGUUUGUUACACAAAUAUGUUGCUUUACAUUUGUUGCUUAAUAAAGUGUGUGAGUGUGUGUGAAUUUUUUCAUAUCUUUAGGUUUCUGCACUUGCAUUUGAUGGAAAAACAGACAUUUUAGCUUCUGCUCAAACUGGUUCACCCUCAGUUAUUAGAAUGUGGAAAUACCAGUCACGAAAAUGCACUGCCAUGUUUAGAGCAGAGGUUCAUAAUGUUCACUGUAUAAGGUAAAGGCCAGCUUCUUAAAAGUCUUUUAGGGUUGAAGAUCCUGUAGUAAUGGCUGUUAAAGUGACAACCCUUGAAAAAAUACUGAAAAUACCCCCCCUCAGCCUUUGAAAUAGAGGUGUUCUACACCUUUAAAUUAAGACCUUUACUUUUGUUCAACUCUUCUCAAAGCAAUAUUAACUUGCAUAAUUUUAUCAGGGCAAAUUUCAGAGCUUAUCCAUGCUCUUGCAGGGACCAGGAGACUUCUUCACCUUUAUUUACUAACUUCUUGGAUUUGUUUAUCGACAAAGGGCUUAGUAUUGAGUGGGGCAGAAAUGCAAGCAGGGUUUUUACUGUCAAACUCACAAAACUGUGAAGCACUUGAAAUAUGCCGGUAAUGUUUAUUGUGUUAUGAGCAAUCUCAACAAAGAUCAGGAUAUGCGAGCAAGGCACAAAACCACAAACUACUAUUGUUGCAUGCAGUUGGUUGGGUUUUCUCAUGCCAGCCGUACUUUUUCCUUAAAACACCGUAACAUUCCAGAAAUAAUUUUCUGGUGUUCACGGUUUUCUGAGCUUUACAGUGGUACUAUCACUGACAGUUACGGGGCUGUCAUGAAGAUUUCAAGGGUACAUGUAAUAUUAGUAGACGGGGAAUUGAACAUCUAGGGAGUCUUUUUUCUUUUUUAGUUCUUUUUUCCUUUUGUUUCCUAUGCAUGAAAGUAGCCAAGGUUCAUACUCAUAGAAACCAAGGGAAAUCCCUGCUCCCAGUCCUUAUAGUGACAGCCUUGCAGUAAUGACAUUUUUAUUAAGUGCAACCUUAUUUAUUUCUCAAAUAUUUUAGUUUAUCGUACAGUGGAAACAUUCUGUGCGGAGUUGGAAAAGAUGGUCAUGGCAAACAGGUGAAGAUGUAUCUCUUGAAAUAUUAGGCUGAUUUAGCAACAGAACGUGAACGUCAGUUGCCGACGGCGUGUGCAAAUCAAACAACUGGGUUGACCAAUGGCACAGCGGCAAAUUGGGCACCGGAAGUCGAGUUUAGUCCUUACCACACACUUUCCCGUCGUCAAAUGACGUUCCCGUUCUGUUGCUAAAUCAACCUACUAUCUGCUUCCUGUGUCAAUGGGGUACCUAAGGGAUCAAGGAGUUUCACCGUUGGAAGUCCUUUCUUUCUAUUUGAAGGAAGUUUGAAUCAAAUGGAAUGUUACUUGCCAUUGACCCCUUUUGUGGUUCCGGAUUUGCUACUCAUAUUCACCCCUUUCAGAUUUCAGUGCAUGUUCUGAGCAUUCUUGGUCAAAGCCUCAAAGCACAUUUCAGCGUGCUGAUGCAUGGCAACUUUUUUCUAUGGAGUGUAUCCUUUGGUUUCUUUGUAUCCCUCACAUCCUAUUCCCUUAUCUCCCAUUGUAAACAAAGUGUAUGUGAUGAUUGCCUGGACAACUCCAUGCAGUGUAGGGCUCAUGGCUGAGUUUUAAGGAUGGCCAGCCAUGGGAGCAGUUUUCUGUCUAGACCCAGCUGGUCACAGUGAAGGCCCCAGACAGACCAGGCACCCAUCUUCCAUACACUGUACAGUGUGAUGCAAUUGUUAACCUUCCAUUUAACUACAUCAUUCUUUGAAAUUGUUAUAAUGUUAUCACUGUUUCAGAUGGUUGUGGUGUGGGAUGUAAGCCAUGCCGUCAGGGGUGGUGAGAUGUCUAUCAUUGCCAAGGCUCACACUGAUGUUGACAUUUGCCGCAUGAGGAUAGCAGAGUUUGAUGACAGCAGGUACUGCAAAUUAAUAAUUGAAAAUAAUCAACUUUUUCUUCACCUCACUAUAACACUAUCUUUUAGUGUUGACAUGAGUAGUAUAGUAGGGACAUAAUUGGAAUCUCAUUAGAGUGAAGUGGAAUACAUCACCGGUAAGACAGGUGAUGUCAUGAAUAGGUAUCCCACCAGAGUAACGGGUCCAUACUAUACUCUUGACAUGUGAUUCCAUUCAGAUCAUUUUUAAAGGAGUACAUAUUUUAUUUCAAUUGAUGUCAUUCAGAAGUCCUUCUUCAACUUCAUACUGGUUAAUAAAGAAUGAAAGGAUAUAAUGCUACAUUUUCCAUUUUGUGUUAUUUUUUAAAAAUUAUCAUAAUUAUUAUUAAACAAUAACAUAAAAUGGAAAAUGAAGCAUUAAAUCUUUUCGUUUUUUAUUAACCAGUGUGAAGUUGAUGAAGGACUUCUGAAUGACAUCAAUUGAAAUAAAAUAUAUAUUCCUUUAAAAAUGAUGUAAAUUAUUAUUGACAAUAAAUGCAUGAUAAUGUUAUUAUUGCUUCCACUAUUUGUAAUACCAUUUGACAAAAGGCAGGUUAUAUUCACAGGAUACCCAGGAGUGUAUUAGAAAUACUGUAACACUCCUGGGUUUCCUGUGGCCCAAGAUUUCAACUCCACGGGUCACAGUAUUUCUGAUGUACGUCCCAGUACAGGGUAUGGCUUUAUGUAAUGAAACAAAUAUCCAAUGAAAGCAGCUUGGAAUGAAGAUAAUUGUCAUCCUAGGGUCUGUUCAGCUAAAAGGACUGAAUAUUAAUUUCAUGAGCUUCCUUUAAACUGUGACAUGCAUGUAUGAGCCCACACUACUAUUUACAAGCAUUUGUGUUUCCAUUUAAUGUCUGAAUCUUAUUUGCAUAGUUUAAAGUUUUACUGUGCACUGAAGAAGGGUUAUAAACCAGAAACCUCUUUUAAAGACAUUUAUGACACUUAAUACACACCAUAUCAAUUAUCUUAUUAUCUUAUGCAUCACACCAUUCUGUUCACCAAACAGGGCUUUUAGGGGGUCCUGUCUGCCUGUCAUUGUUGUUGCUUGGUUUGUUAGAUUUAACUUUGACAAACAAGUUAAAAGUAACAUGUGUUAAGACUAAAAAUCUACAUUUAGCAAUUCUUUAACCUGGAGCUUCUAUACCUUUUCAGUUGUUGCACAUUUUUUGUUAAAUACCUUCAUAUGUAAACAUUUUAAUGACAGACUGGUUUCCUGUGGCAAUGACAACAUCCGGUUCUGGCGAAUUCGUCAUGGUUCUUUGAGGUCAUGUCCAGUUGACCUUGGUCGUCAUGGCUCUGUUGAUUUUAAUGACAUUGUCUAUGGAGCUAAAGAUCCUUUAAGUGCAGAUCCUACAGUUAGGAAAGUGUGAGUGUUAUUAUUAUUCUUUUUUUGUUGUAGUUUUGCAGUUCCAUCAGUGGCUUUGGUGUGGGGUCAGUAUAGCAUUAAACAAGCUUUUUUGGGGGGGUGAGGGGCACUCCAGCUUUAGAUACCCAUGGAAAGGGAUGCAAUCAGAGUCUGAACAUAAAAUUAUUGGAUUCAUUUGAGCACUGUUGGUUAAUGGCAGUUGUGUGCUGAGUUUUUGAAAUAAAACUAACAAUAUUCUUCAUCUCAGGAAAUGUGUUUUUGCUGUUCCCUUACCCUUCGUUUCAUCAAGGUACCACUGUAGCCAAGUAUAAAUUGCAUGCAAAUCAGGGCCAUUGAAGACAAAUUUUGCUACGAUAUGUAUAGUUCUGGAGGACUCUGAUCAACAAUCUUUUUGUUUACUUUUUAUUGAUCGUUCUGCAGAUAUUCUUGCACAAGCCAUGGAACAGUGUAUCAGAUUGACUAUCAGAAAAUCAUGCUGGAUAAAGUUAUCAGACUUCUCCCUGUGGGUUCACAUCACAAUCCAGUUGGUAAAUAUGGUGGCACCACUCCAACUGAGUUUGGGCUUGGAAUUAACUCACUCUGUGUGAAUGAGUCAUUCUGUGCCACUGGAUCUGAUGAUGGUAUACUUCGAUUAUGGCCUUUGGACUUCUCUACUGUCUUCCUUGAAGCUGGUAAUAAUAUAAAUGUAUCAAUUUUUUGUCUUUUAAUUUUAUUAAUAAAUUAUCAUAAUUAGUUCUACUUAAAGAUUGUUUCUUUGUUCAGUUUUAUCCAAUAAUUGAUUGUUUAACUGAAACAAAAAUGUCAGGUCAGAAUUUUUAUGGUAAAUUAAAAACAUGGUGUCAUUAUGAUAAGGAUAUCUUUUCAUGAUGUUUUGGUUUCUAUGAAAUGGUAAUCUUUUCAUUGACAAACCUGCAACUACAUGUACUUCCAGUUUUAUAAGAUUAUACCAUGAGGACUGUGCGCUACAAUGGGGAGGGAUUACAAAUACGCCAAAUUUGGCGUAUUUUACGCCAAGAAUUCAUCAAUGACUCCAAAAAAUUCCAUUGGGGAGUCACUUUGACUCCGGAGAGGAAUUCAGAAAUGUUCAGCAGAAUUUUAUUUUCUGCCUGGAAAAAUCUUAAAAAUUGUUAUAUCCGUAAUGAAACAAUAAAAAUGGAAGGUCCUGGCAUUCCUGCAACAACAUUCCUUUGUGAAACAAACUUUGUCCGUAGCUCGUUUGUGUCCGACGUACAGCACGUUGCCAUUUUUAAUUGUGAACGUUUUCGGUCAGCGGUUCUUCUCCGCAUACGUACUUCAUAUAAUAAUGGUAUUAAGUGCCUUCACUGCACGUGCUCAAAAUGGCCGCGCCUUCAGCUUCGUCCUCGAGGAAGCGGAGUCUGGAUAAAACAUCAGACCAGGCUCCUAAAAGAAAAUUCCGCACGGAAUGGACCUCCAGAACUGGAUGAUUUCGUUGAUGAGUGUGUUCUGAAGUGGCAGCAAGCUCGAAGGGGAAGAUAAAAAUCUGUUCAUCUUGUGUUGUUAAUAUUCCUCAAGAACUCUAGAGCAGUAAUGGAACAAUUUGGUGUGGAAAAAGACAUUUUUAUAUAAAAUUGUACUUGUGUUCUAUGCUGUUAUCUAAGGAAAUGUAGUACUUUGCAUUAAAGCACACAUCUUGUUUUUCUUUGAAAAUGUAGUGUUUUGUUUGUUAUGUUCCUUGACCUCACAUUUUCAAAAAUGACUCCAACAUUUUUGGACAAGGAGUCAAAGUGACCUCAAAGGGAAAUAGAAAUUUGUAAUCCCUGUUAUGUGUUACAGGUCAAAUUUGUUCCCAGGUUAAAAUUUUUUAACCUAGGUUGAUUCUCAGUUUUCUUUGUCUUCUAGCGCCUAGGUUAAAUCAAAAUUAAUCUGAGAUCAAAUUUGACCUGUAACAAAAUGUAAAGCAAUUUGUUUUGUGGUGCAAGUGACUUGAAAUGCAGCACUUGUAACAGCCUUAAGUUUUGAACAUUUCUAGGCAAAAAGGCUCAAAGAAUAGAUAAAAGGGUCAUAGUUUUUAGAGUAAUUUGUUAAAAGCUCUAUAGCUAGGCUCUUCAUAAGGCCUAACCAUUCAGCAGCUUCCUUAAAUUGAUGAUCAUUGUCUUGUUCUUUGUGACUCCACAAGCUUGUCCUUAUCUUGUUAAUUAACAGCUAUGAAAAUUUUAAACAACUGAAGAAAAAGCCAUUGUCCUUAAAUAACAACUGAUUCCUUGUUCUUUUAAACGUCUGUAAUACAUUCUUAGACUUGACAAACUGAAAGAUUGUUCAAUUCUAUCGUUUUGUCAGAACAUGAGGGGCCACUGACUGCUGUGAAUAUAUCCAGUGAUGGAUUGUUUGUUUUAGCAGGGACUAAAACUGUAAGUAAGCAUCAUAACAUUUAUGCAAGGCUCCUGAGCCAUAAAUCAAGCUUGUUCCUGUUGAAUUUUUUUUGCUAUCAUGGUGUAAUAACAUUAUUAUGUGUGUGAACUAACAUUCUUCUACAUUUUGGAAGGAUUACAUAUCAGCUUCUUUAAUUUCCCUGUUCAUUUUUUUAAAGGGUAAUCUUGGUGUCUUACAAGCUUCGGCUCGAUCCUACACCACUCUAAUGAGAUCACACACUGAGCAGAUCCUAGCCAUGUCCUUUGAUUCAACGCAUCGUUAUCUGGCCACAGUUUCUGCAGAUCAGUCCAUUAGAGUUUGGGAUCUUGAUACCCUUGCACAGCUGUUUGAUUUUCAAGCCCCAGGAGAAGUUCCCUGCGCCAUUGCAUAUCACCCCCGACUGCAGUGCUUUGCUUGUGGCUUCAUGUCUGGCUGUGUCAGGGUGUUUGACGUUGGAACAACAAAUCUCUUGGCUGAACAUAGUCAACAUGCUGGUCAAGUAACUGGUUUGGUGUUCUCGCCAAAUGGAGAGUUUAUGCAUAGUGCAGGUGCACUAGGUAAUGAAUGGUAAACUGACGUGAAAGUUUAAAUGAUAGAAUCCUAGCUCAUUCAUGCCUAUGGUCUUCUUCAUAUUGCUCCCUUUAAAAAUGAACCUCAGGAAUCCAAAACUUUUUUCUUUUUUCCUUUCUAUCGAAGAAUUGUGUAAGGAUCCUAGAAAAUUAGCAUCUCAAAACCAGGUUCAACGUAAAUGAUAUUAAUUCAUCAACAAGCUUGUGUCUCUUAAAUUCAUUGACGUUGCCAUUAUUGUUUGUGCAAAUCCUCGCUGUGCACAUGCACAUUAUUCAUGUCACAAAGUCAUGUUCCUGAAGGAUUUUCAAAACUAGUAUAUUUUCAUAUUUUAUCAGCUGGAGGUUCUUUUCUGUUUGAGUCUGAUGAAAUACAUGACAAAAGUGCAUAACAAUAAAUAUUAUUUUUCGUAACAUCAAAAGCGUAUUCUAACAUUCCAGUAUUUUAUGGUACUGGGUUUUGCUCUUAUGCACUUUACCUCCCUCCUAAAUUGCAUUUUGUAACUUUACUUCACUUCUGGUCUGCCUUAAAAGCUUAAGAGUUUUCAAAGAAAUUAUUUUAUUAUAUAAACACCAGCGAAAUACCAGGUGAGCUUUUGCCCGAAAACAUGAUACCUUCACACAUGAAAAUUUCACAUGUGAAAAUAUUACCGUUGCUAUGGUUACAUAAUAAAUCGCACCUUUUGCAGGAAAAAACUGUUUCAUUGAAAUGGUUUGGUAUUUCAUUGGUGUUUAUAUAAUAAAUAGAACAUUACAUGGCCGCUUGGAGAUACGGAAUUUCUCUUCUCGUGUUGAAAAUAUCUCCGCGCGGCCAUGUAAUAUCCUCUAUGUCACUGAAGCUGUGUCUGCUGUCUUGCUUGGUAGGUUCUCUUGCCCUGUAUGAUGCAACUGAUGAGGGGUUCCAGCUGACCCGUGUACUGCCCAAUACAGUAGUAAUGGGGGGUAAGUUUGGACCACAUGUACUGAGUGUGAGUGAAGACAGCCUGAGGUUGGCAUUUAUUGGACCAUCUGAAUACACAGUGACUGUUGCCAAUGCUAGAUCUUUGGAUGAGGUAAGUUUUAAGUGAGGUUAUCUUUUUUUCCUGUGAUUUGUUUUGAACGGUAGUAAAAACCAGCCCUCUCACUCUUACAUGUACCACAGAGUCAACUCGCGUAAUGGACACCUCCUCAAAUUGGGACUUCUAGAGCUCGUCUUUGUUUAUCCUUUUGUUUGACGAUAAGGUUGAUCUGAUUAUGAUGGACAGUUCUUGUCCCAAGUAUGUCCAUUUCUAAGAGACUUAAUUGUACUCACAGUGAUGUCAGUAAGAUUUUAGGGCUCCAGGUAUAUGUAAUAAGUAGACGGGGAAUUUAGCAGCUAGGAUGUUAUUUUGGUUAUAUUUUCCUUUUUUUCCCUAUAAAAGAAGCCAGGGGUCAUGCUCAUAGUAGCCGGGGGAAAUCCCUGGCCCAUGGCCCUUAGUGACAGCUGUGAUUCCCUUGCAAAUGGUAGUCUAGUCUUAUUUUUAAACAGUCUGGGAAAAGUGUGGUCAUUCUUCUCAGGUUCCUUAGGCAGAAGUUGCAGUAAGAAGCAUCAAACUGUCUGAGAUUAAGGUCUAAAAUUCAGCCUCAGCAGGGAUAGCGAGCAUUGCAUGACAUCCAAAAAACAGCUGCAAGGGAGACUACAUGUACAGCAGGGAUAGUUCAGUCCAUAUAGCAAUGGACUGCAGAUAAGAGGUUGUGGGUUCUGUCCCUUUGAGAGGACCAACACUCAGAGUCCAAUAACCCGAGAAAUGAAGAUGGUGCCUUUGCGAAUGGCUUUUCUCUCAUAACUGGGGUGACCCUGUAGAAAGGGCAGUGUUAUCUCCAGGGGAAGGUGCAAAAAGUAAAAAUGGUAUCUAGCCAUUACUACUUUUGUGCCAAAUACUUUGACUCUUGAUUAAGUAUAUGUUUAACAAAUGCUACCAUUGGGUGAAAGUUGGGCUUGACUAAUUUGUAACAUGAUGAACCAGUCAAUUAAAUGCUUUCAUCACUUAACAGACUGACAUGAGAUUGUUAGUGUUUAUCAAAGGCAUUAACAUUUAAUAAUAGGGAAUGUGACAGGGGGCAAUGUGUGUAACUGUUAAAGUGCUAACAGUGUUUUUCAUAUCUGUUUUGAGGUUUUACGAGUGGAUAUCAGCACCAUCACUGCAGAUAGAUCCAUUGUAGACUCAGCCCUUCAUGUUUGUUUUGCUCCAUCAUCUGUCAAACAACUGUUGGUUGUCACUUCAACAAUAAGACUGCUGAAACUCGAUUCCCAUAAUGGAGUCCUCUUAAGUGAGGUUUGUAAUUUCUAAUAAUCACUGGUAAACUGCCAUUACAUUUAUUUUACAUUUUUGUCUCAUGUGCAGCUAUUUUGGCUCUACUUAUACUUACAGUUAAGCUAAGACUGGGUUUUUGUUCAAACUGGAACAACCAUACUUUGGGUUUUCAUUUGUUUAUCAUAAAAUGUAAUUUGUUUUCCAUAGAACACUUUGGAGCUCUGAAGAAUUAGUCUCAAAGUGUUCAUGAAUUUUGGCCAGUGGAAACUGUUGAUAGUCUUUAAUGGCAGAAGAAAAUCAGAGUUCCCAGCAAAAAUUAAACCUCUUAAAUCAAGGAUGAGAGCCAACAACAACAAAUUAAACCUGCAUUGGAUGCUGGGACCUGGUUCUUAAGGCUUUAUUUUUUAUCAGUAUGAAGGAAGUCAUCUAGCCCUGUCGUAACAAUUUUAUUACAUUAUUACUGGGCACAUGUCAGUAUCAUACAGAUCUGAAGAUGUGGUGGCCAAGCAGUUUAAAACAUGUGAUUGUCAUAGUCCAGGUUCAAGCCAUUCCAUUUCUCAGGCAGAAGACAUUGCUCCACUUUGUCACUCUUCACUUAGGUGUAUAAAUGGGCAGCAGCACUGGCAAUUUUCCUGAAAUAUGGAAAUGCUCGAAAGUGGCUGCACUUUUCAAAACUGGAGAUAGGAGAGAUGCGUCAAAUUAUCGCCCAAUUUCUAUUCUGCCAACAAUGAGUAAAAUUCUGGAAAAAGUCGUCCAUUCCCAAUUCUAUGACUUUCUGAAUUCAAAUAAUCUCCUUUCAAGCAAACAAUUUGGCUUCCGUCCCAAACUGUCUACAACAUCGGCUCUCACCAGUUUUGCACCUGAGGUCCUAUUGCAUAUGGAGAGUGGAGAACUGUGCGGUGCAGUGUUCCUAGAUCUGACCAAGGCAUUCGAUACCGUUGACCAUACGAUCUUGCUAUCUAAAUUGUCGGCUAUCGAUGUCUCGCCCAGCACUCUACAGUGGUUCAAGUCUUACCUGAAUCAUCGUAAACAGCGGACUGCCUGUAGCGAUGCUGUGUCUGACCCUCUCCCGAUGACCUUUGGGGUGCCACAGGGGAGCAUUCUAGGACCGCUUCUCUUCUUGGUUUAUAUUAAUGACCUUCCGCUGGUUAUAAAGAAUUGCGGUGACUUUGUAUGCUGAUGACACGGUCCUGUACUACUUUGCUAAAGAGCCACACCUGUUAGAAGAGGCACUGAAUGAUGAUCUCUUGAAAGUUGCCCAGUGGUUACAUGGAAAUAAGUUAACUUUAAAUCUUACUAAGACGAAAUCCAUGAUUAUAGGCAGUAAUAGGAAACUUGUUGGUAUUUCCUCUUUCACGUUAUCUAUUUUUGACACUGAUAUAAAUUCUGUAAGUAGUUUUAAAUAUUUGGGAGUUAUGUUGUCUUCAACUUUCACAUGGUCCGACCAUAUUGAGUAUAUUUCAUGUAAGGUUAAUAAAAACCUUGGUCUUCUACGUAGGAUUAAGUAUUAUUUACCUUAUGAUGCCCGGUUACUUUUUAUAAUAGCUUAGUGCUACCUAUUUUUGAUUAUGCUGAUUUAGUCUGGGGUGACAAGGACAAUGUCUCACUUAUGAAGGAAUUGCAAAUUCUCCAAAACAAAGCAGCUAAGUUGAUAUUAGAUAGAUCACCUCACCCUCAUCCACCGAUGCAUUGAUUGUCUUGAGAUGGCUGAAUCUUGAAGAACGUAGGAAAUGUCAUCGAUGUAUAUAUGCAUACAAGUGUAUUAAUGGCCAACUUAAUCAUUCUUUGGACAUUGUAAGAAAGAGUGAUAUACAUUCCUACAAUACGCGCAAUAACGAUACUAUCAAGCUCCCCAAAAUUAAAUAUAAUUGGGGAAAACAACGUUCAUGGGUACCACUGUUUCAAAGACUUUAAUGAAUUAGAGAGAACUGUAAGAAACUCAGCAAGUUUUCCAAUUUUUAAGAAGUGUCUUUUUUCUGCUUUUUAUAAUUGAGUACUUGUAGUGUGUAUGUUUUAAUUAUUUCUGUAACUCGAUUUUAGCUUGAAUUAUUUAUUUAUUUAUUUUUUUUUAUUUUUUUUUUUUUUUUUGUAUCAUAUAUAUCGAUUUUAGCUUAACCUUUUUAUAUUUUAAUUGUAUUAUAUAAUAUACAUCUCGUAAUUAGGACCUCUAUGUAAACCACUCUUGUGAUGGAGCAUCCUAUUAAAAGAUUGUUAUUAUUAUUAUAAGGCUGCAUUUCUCCUAUUGGGGAGUAGCAGCACUCUUGGGUGCUUCAUGCAGCCGAACCUUAGUUAAGUUCCAGCCAUGUAAGCGUCUUGAUUUGCUUAGCAUUACACUCCAAUGUUCUUAUCUUUGGAAUAUCCUAUUGGCAAACAAUUAAUUUUGGGAAUCACAAUUUUCUACUGCUAAAUGAUAGACUUCUCCUGUCUUAGAUGUCCAACAUCCAUCGCGGUAGUUGUUCUAGUUUAGAUGUCAGCCGUGACGGCAAGCAUUUAGCCACUGCUGGAGAUAGAGUUAUCAAGAUUUGGGAUUACCACAUGAGGCUGGAUAUCAACUUUCAGGUACUGGAAUAAGAAAAAAGAGAAAUGUGAUUGGAUUCAAACUCAGUUGUGUACAGGUUAUGGAAGCCCAAGGCUGUUGGUGGGCGGCUUUUAGAUUUUACAGUAAAAUAUUAUCACAGAUCUAGCAAGAGUGGGUGCCUUUCCCUGAGUUUGUUUCACAUAUGAAAACAAAACAGGCUGCAAUAUUUACCUUGAAGUUACUUUAUACUGCAGAAAUUAUACAACUGACCAUGUCAUGAGUGUGAAAUCAAUGUCUUUGUACUCAAAGCUAUCCUGCACUUUCUGUUUUAUAAUAUAGGUUUUUAUAGGACAUUCAGACCAUAUACAGCAGGUUGCAUUCACCCCUGAUUAUCUUGGUCUUGUCAGUGUAGGAGAGGCCAUCCUUUUGUGGGAUUUUCAUGGAAGAGGGAAACAUUUUCACAUAAAUGGGUAUGUCAAUAAUAAUUUAUUGGAUUAUAAAAAUCAUGUCCUAAAGAGAAAGCUCUUUGGUCGUACUUACUUAUUUGAGUACUGAGGAAAAUGUUUUAUUUCCUUGGUAAUUCUCACUUUCACAGGCUGGUGUAGAAAAUUUACCCUUGUCAUUGGGCCUAUUAAAUGUCAAUCAUAGUAAUUACUGACAUCUUGGAAAAUAAUAAUCCGGAAGUAUCCAUUUCUAAAAGGCACCUUGAUCCUCUUUGGGGGAAAAUUAAAGUUACUAGCCCCAAAUGAUGCCUGGGUACCAUUUGAGCAUGCAUCCCUAAAGAUGACGUAAUUUAAGUACUUAUUACUGAGUAAAGGCGGGCUUUUAUUUUGAUUUCAAAUUGAAGAAUAAUUUUUUUGUUUUUUGUUUUACAAUAUUCAGGGGGCGUGAACCACAGAAGAGCUAUAUUCCUGAUGCACCAGGUAUACAGUAUUCUACAUCAGACAAUAUUUUAUUUUAUUAGAUUCCCCAAUUAUUGGCAGGGUCACCGCAACAGCAUUACUGCGCAUUACUGUGGGCCCUUAACAGUCCCUCCCCCCAUGAGAGAUAGACCAACACACAGGGGACUACGUCCCCUACUCUUUACAAACAGUGUGUGGGUUCUUUAACGUCCCACAGAAUUUAUGUAUGUAAGGGUUGUGAGAUGGGGCCUAUGGUUUAUCGUCCAUAUCCAAGAAGACUAGAAAGUCUAACCAUUGGCAGGUGUCUUUACAAAGGCAGCACUUUCUUCUCAGUUAUUUCAAGACCCUGAGUGUUGGUCCAGCGGGACUUGAACCAGCAGCCUCUCACUUGGCAGACCGGCGCUUAUCCAACUGAGCUAACCGGGCGGCGGGUUGUACCUCCAUUAGAGGAAAGUUCAGUUAAGUUGGAAUUUAUCUAUUAACUUUGUUUAUCAAUUUUUUUCUGUUUUACAUACAGAUAAAAGUGUGAGAAUUACUCCUGAAAGACCAUACAGUCCUAUGCAUGCUCAGCCACACACAGUCACUCCCAGAAAAUAUGUUCCUGUACCUGCUGCUUAUGAACCUCCUCAGUUUGAUGUAAGUCCAAUUCCUGCUAAUGGUCUGGACAAUGAAGAAGUACCCAAUGCCAGACACGAUGGAGUGCCUCAGACUGAAAGACAUGAAUAUUAUUCUCCAAAGAAAAUCCUGCAGGAGCAGAUUCCAGAAGGCCAAAGCAAACAUGUAAGUAACAAUGUGAAGGCAUUGUAUAAAACACAAAGAGGAUACUAAUGAUAACAAUAGUCAUUUCACAAGUAGGUUGAGUAUGAUCUUUCAGGUGAAUGUAUUCCUGAAUAGGACUGUUGUUGUUGACAGCGACUGACGUUUUGACAACUUGUGCGGUAGUGAUUUUCAGAGUCAAAGUGAAGAAGACUACCACACAGGUUGUUGAAAGGUCAGUCACUGUCAACAACAACAGUCCUAUUCAGGACUCUUUCUUUCUUUCAGAGUCAUCUCCUCUUUAGUGUCAGUUAAUGUAUGCUGUUUAUUGUUUUGUUCAGAAAUCACCCAUCAAGACUAAAUCACCUGCAAGGAGACUCAACUUCAAUAUCCCGGCAGCUACUGAAUCUAGAAUCCCAAAUGGGGAAAUUCAUCUUCCCCCGACAGUCACCAAGCAUUUCAAGAGGCAUGAUAACAUGUCCUCCUUGGCUGAACGCAGGUACACAGCUCCACCUAAGCAAGCAGGUCUCCAGCUAAAAUCUGUUCUUGGGUACAAUGGAAAUGGAAGGAAGAACAUGAUUUGGAAAUAUGAUACAGGUACUUACAGCUACUACAGUGGUGUAAGUAAACAUAGCCUUCAACUGCAAUCAGAAGGUAGAGGUUACUCACAACUCACAGGUUAAUACCAUGGAUAGCUUGAGUAAUCUGGAGCUAAUCUAUAGCUCUGGAACAGUUUCCCUUCAUGAUCGUCUUGAGAAGCUUUGGCUAUAUAUGCCCUCCCCUUAGAAUAACUUUACUGAAGGGACACUCUGUUUGGAAUCCGGUCAUAAGUGCUGAUUAGACGACGUAGUACUUACAUUGUUUUAGUUCUUGUUUUCGAAUGACAGACAAAAGGCUACAAAUGUCAAAUGCAAACAUGAUGAAUCAAUAACAAAACAUUCAAUAUUAUUUUGUGGAAUAUACUCUUCUCUAGAAAAGGCAUUUGAGUUUUGCUGAAGCUUGUUCGCAGAUGAACACAACACUUAACCAAAAUUGACCAGGAGAAACGUAAAAUUGAACAAAUUUGCAUUUGGCAUCCCAUGACUACUGGAACUAUUAUGUAAACAUUGAUUUACAUCAUGAGUAUGGAAUUCCCAUCGCUGAGUUGCAGACAUUCCUCCUCACGAUACAUCCCCAGAGGUCACGAGCAAGGAGGAACGGCUGUUUUUGCAGGCUACCACAGCUCAAGUUUAAUUUAAGGAAAAAAUAAGUGUCAAUCCGAUCCAUUGUUUAUAGUAAUAACCUGGCUUUGAAGAUUGGAAAAAGUCUCAAAAGUAUAGGGAGAAUAAAAAAUAACAACAAAACAAUAUUUAAACUUCAUGUCCAGUGUUUUUUAUGUGUGCACCACCCAAACCUAGAAGCCAAACAUUUGUUGCAUUUGUCUAGACAAAAGCAAUGCAACAAAGUGGCACUCAAGGAAAAUCAUGGGAGUCAGUUGGUUAUAUUUGUUGGUUAUAUCUGUGAAUUUAUCUGUGCUGUUUUGUUUGUUUUAAGGACUGUUUGCAUAUACUAGUGGCUGCCUUGUGGUAAUAGAGGACCUUCAUUCUGGCACUCAACGUCACCUUAUGGGGCAUGCAGAAGAGAUUUCUACCCUAGCUUUACAGCAUGAUGGCCUGUUUCUGGCCUCAGCUUCAGGACCCAGUGACAAUAAUUCCAGUCAGAUCUGUUUGUGGAACAUACAAGAAGGGGUGUGCAAGAAGGUAAAUAAUUUUAACAUCCUAGAUGAAAGGCAAGUGGACAACCCUUAAGUUAUUGCUGUAUUUCUCUCUUCUAAGGUUAGGAGAUCUUGAAUUCCCACCAGCAACUUCAGAUGAAAACACACAAGACUGGCAUGACCAUUCCAAUGAUCCCUGGCUAACAGCCUGCACUUUUGUCAUGGGAGUGCCCCUUAGGUUUUUAUUGGAGGAUUUUGGUGUGGAGGUGCCCUCCCCUCCCCCUCCCCCUCCCCCCAGUUUAGAUUCUGUGUUGUGGCUAGUAAAAUUAAAAAUGUGCAUCUCUGGCACCAAUCUUGUAUGGAAGCAUUCAAGUUUUACAGAAUAAGAUUUAGGCUUUAUCCAAGACUGAGCAUCUUUGGAAGUCAAAGUGUUAUUUAUUGUUUUUUUUCUUCAGGUUCUUUCCCACCAUGAGCAUGAGGUUGUCUGCCUUGCAUAUGCCCAUGAUGACAGGUUCCUCGUAUCUGUGGGUGAUUACAGGGAAUGUUCAGUGGUUGUGUGGUGCACCAGAGAUCUUGUUGUUCUAACUGCUUCAUAUGCAAGACAUCCUGUGCAUGAUGUCAUGUGGGAUCCUUAUACUGCAAAUGAGUUUGCUUCAGUGGGACAAGAUGGUUCUGUGUUGUUCUGGCUACUGGACGAAACUGGUGAAAAACUGACUCUUAAUGUAAGAUUCUGCCAUUGUAGUGUGUAGCAUACAGAACAAUAGGGAGAUUGAGUGGUAGCAACGAUGAUGGCCAAAGCACUGGCAACAUCAGAAAAGCAAUAGGUUUAAUGAUUAAACAACAACUCUGCACAUGCAUCACACUUGUUUGGCCCAUUUCUUUGUCUUUACUGCAUGACUUAGACAGAAAUAUCAUGACACAACGUUUUAAGGAUGACAUAAACACAUCAAAACCAAUUUUUUCUCUUUUUAAACUUGGGUGUGGUCUCCAAGAAUUCACCCCCAGGAAGUCUCACCUACUCUGUACAACCUCUAAGUGCACUGGAAUGAUAAUUGCAAGAACAUUAAAAAAAUAUUGCAUUGAUUUUUAUUGUGAUGUUUUGCUGCCAUUGCCAUCUUCCCUGCUAAUUAAGAGCUCCAUAAAGUCUUGACUUAAAGUGUGAUCAUGUAUGUUGAGGGAAUACAAUAGAUCUUUAAAUUGAUGCUUUUUCAUGACAUCAUGUCUGCCAUAUUGCUGUAUGAAAACAAUGAAAUGUCCCAAACUAAUCCGGUGGGCGUUGAACCUUUUUCUAGUGCAAAAACUUUCUUUGUUCUUAUAAAUUUGCAUCUAAGCAGUAAAGCUGCUGGCCACAUGAGUCAAAAGGCUCUUAAGGCAGUGAUGUAGUCAUACAAAACUAUAGAAGUAAUUUUUGAAUUAUGUGUCAAGACAAGUUGUACUGGUGGUGCUUUUAGACAAUUCUUGUUGUUAAUGAAGUGUAAAUUGGGACAAAGUAUUAGUAGAUGACAGUUUGAGGUAAAAAAUCUGUACAUGACCAGAGUAGAGUCUCUGGUUCCCUCUUUUGUAAAAUAUUGUCAAAUAAAACCAGUUGUCCCCAUGCAAAAGUUCUGCCAAAGAGCUUUUAUUUGAUUGGUAGCACCAUAGGAUUUCAUCUACAGAUUGGCAAAUAAUCGUGCCAUAACUUGGUAUAGUGGUGAAAGGGUUAAAAUAACAUGAAUCUAAUUAAUUACCAUUCAGGUUCAUGAACCAGAGGUCCCAGAGGAACUUAUGCAGUCUAAGAAGGUACCAGUGAGAGGGUUCUAAUGUCCUUUUAGUCAUUUUUGUGUGGAGCUGUGUAAUAAUUGUGAUUUGUAGCCUGCUUUCACCAUUUCUGCAUCAAAUUCUUUUCUAGGACAAGAAUGUUUUUUCAGUGUUCUGUAGUUGUGUAGUUUUAUCUGCUUUUCUCCCUCUUUUCUUUAAUAAAUACUAUAAUGUCAAACAUUCUUGGUUCCCACUAGUGAAAAAUCAUAACAUCUUUUACAGAGAGAUGAGUACCACGCUUUUACUUCAUUAUGGUAUGCAGGAGACAGUGUUAUGUAUGCUGGUACUAGUGCAGGUGAGGUUAUUCAUGGAUAAUUAUUGUAAUUGACUAAUUAUUGUAUUAAAUUUUAAGCACGUCAAAGUUCAAUGCAAUCCAGUCAUAGUCAUCGUAAUGACAGCCUUGUGUGUAGGGAUUGCCACUCUAGGAACUUACUGGCCUUGGACAUUCCCAGCACAUAGCCCCAACAUAGCAGUGUAGUUCUGUUAACUAACAUAUAUUAGGCUGCAAAAAAUCUGUGUGAAAAGUGCAUCAAGCGAUAUCGUUUUAUCUCUAUAAAGGGAUGCUUUCAGCUUGGGACACAAGGCAAAACAAGUGCUUUAUUCAUUGGGAAGGAGAUUCGACAGAAAUUGGUAAGGACUUAACAGACACUUUAAUGUUACAUCCAGUCUCUAACAGAAACGGGGUUUCUUAUCCCUUGAGCUUUUUAUGGCCCGAUGUCAGGGGUGGCUAUGUAGUCCAUGGAUUUGUUUUGAUAGAGAACAAAAAGUGGGUUAUUUAAAGAUAAAUCAUAGAUCUUAAUGUUGAGCAUGCGAUAAGGAAAUAUCCCUGACAAGAAUAGAACCCUUUACAUACUGGAAGACAAUCUCAAACCCAAGCUUAUUGGAGACUUAAAAUAUCUUCCUUUGUCCUAACUGAGCUGAAAUUGUGUUGUUUUCCUUAAACCCUUCCACUCCUACACAAUGUCAUUAAUUUCUCUAUAACUUUUACAUCUGUUGAUGAAAUCCAUGGUGCUUCCAUUCAAAUAAAACCUCCUUGGCAGAACUUCUGCAUAGCACUACUUAUUUGUACAACAAGAAAGUUCAACUUUCUUUUGAAUUCAUUUCUGGUUGCCCAUUAUUUGGAGUGAAAGGGUUAAGCAGCUCAAAGGAUGCUUUUGGCAUUGCUUAUCCUAGCAGGGAUGCACAUCAUGUGCAAGUCUAUCUUGCCAUGAGACUACCAUGUCAUUUGAUUAGCUCUCACCAAAGUCUUCUUCAAGGAAGUAAUGGUCAUCUUAUUCCAGUCUGGAAAAGAGAUUCGUUCUCUCUAAUCAUAUAUAAGUGCAUUUGAUUAACUUUGCUCACUGUAUUAAUUUGCAGACCUAAUAAUGGGGCAUGGAGGUACCCUUAUAGCUGGGAGCAGUUCAGGAAAUCUCCGUCUGUGGUCUGUGGUGGGUGUGAGUGAAAUGAGGCUUCCUGGGGAGAGCACCAGGUAUUCUUAAAACAAUUUCUUUGAAUGUGUUCCCUUUGUGAUAAACACACUUCCUCAUUUCUAUUAAGUGUGAAUCUGUUUGUCCUAAAAAUUAUUUUGCCGAUUUUACCCUCGAUUCAGACUAAAAGACUUAGUGUAGUUCAAUUCACCCUGAGGCAUUGUCAUGUGAGUUUUUGUAAAUGAGCAAUAUGCCAUGUUCCAUUUACACAGCUCUAUCUUGACAACUCUUAAAAGGCCUGAAAUUACUGCUGCAGUAGUUUUCAAUUAGAUUUUAUAGAAAGUAAAUUUUCACCUUUGAUUAUUCCUUUACCAUCACGUCAUUUUGUGUCAAAAUGUUAUGGUCUUAGAUUGUCCAGCAAUGGCCUUGUUAUGGAAGAUGAGAUGACUCUAGAUGGAGCUAUUACCUCUGCUUCCUUUGAUGAAGCGCUGGAAACUGUGAGUGUUAGAUAUGGUUAGCCUAACGUAAGUCAUCCUGAGUUUCUGUUUUUAAGAAAGAAAUAAGAGUUUCAUGAAAAACUUAAAAAAUGAUGUCAUUUUUAGGGUAUCAUUGGCACGUCAUCAGGUACAUUAUGGUAUGUCAACUGGGAAGAAAGAACCAGCAUUAGACUUGUCAGUGGGCAUGCUAAGCAGGUGAGGAAUGCCCUGUUAAAGAAACAGAUGUCCACCAAAAUACUCAAAUGUUGGCUAUUGAAUUUACCUACUAUCGACUAUAAACCUAAUAUUGAAAAACAGUGGGUAUUUGAGUGCAGGUACAACUGAAGGUGUUAGGUUUCGAGUUACAGGACCUCAACAGGUAAACCGUCUGUAUUAAGUACAGGUCGGGGGAGUUUCGUAGGAAUCCAAACAGAGCAAGUUGGGUGGGAAUAAAGAAGUGUAAGUCUUAGUUAAAAUAAUGGAUAGCACAAUCCAAUGGCUGAAUCAUCAUGCAGUUCAUGGCACAAUUUUAUAUGUAUCUACCUCUUGGAAAACUAGGGCCAGACUAACAAGUAUGGAAUUGGUUCAGAGUUCAUCAAACUUGAAUAUGUGUCAGGCAGUUCAGAAAAAAAAUUGCCAUUUUUGUAUUAUAAACACCUCGUUUUUGUUUAGUCAUUGAAGAAUGGAAUUUGAACCACAAAUAUAUCCAAACCUUGGCCCCCUGCCUGAUGUUUUUGCAUGGUCGCUCUCUCACUUUUUGCUUGUGUAUGAUGCAGAUUAGUGACCUGGUGUUCAGUGGUCCAGAUGAUCAAUAUUUUGCUACAUCUAGUGCAGAUGGUGUCUUACACCUCUGGAGUAAAGACGGCUUGGAGCAUCUACAAUUUCAAGUCCUUGAACAGGUAAUAACUAAAAAAACUUUUUGUUGCAUAUCCCCUUCUCUCACAUAAUGUCUGUCAAAAUAAAACCACUUUGGUAGCACUUUUACAUGGUAUAAUUUGUCUUCCAGUAUUAAGUUUACUGAAUUUAAUGGCUUAUUAACCAACUAUGUUUGCUUUCUUUCAGACCUGUAACUGUGUGUCUUUUUGCCCAGUUCCUGCAGCCACUCCCACCAAGUCAAUCACAAAUGAGGGACAGACAGUAGCCACUGUCCACCCUCAGCCUUCACCUGCUGAGACUGCCAUUCAACCUUCACACUGUGUGGCUGGCUACAGUGAUGGCACCAUAAGAAUAUUUGAUUUGGGAAAAGUGGAGAUGAUCAUGAAGAUGCAGCCUCAUGGUGCUUCCAUCACUACAAUUUCAUUCUCUGCUGAUGGUAAGGACACGACCCAAAGUUUUUGUCAUCAACCAAAACAAGUUUUACCUAAGAAAGAUGUAGAAGAGUUACGAGUAGAAACAGAAAAUAAUUAUAGCGAUGGUAGAAUUAACCUUGCCCACUGAUAUCUAAUUUACUUGCCAAAGCCCUUUUACUACAUAGAUGAACUUUUAUGGAAGCAUUUUUUGCUCUCUUUGUAUUAACAUGUAGGAAGAGUUAUAAUUAGUGGAGCAGAAGAUGGUUUGCUAGCUAUAAGCAGCCCUUCAACAGGUCUCACAAUCAGGCUAAUGAAUGACCACAGGGGCGCUCCAAUCACAUGUCUUCAUGUCUCUUCAAUCAAGGUAAGUAGCUGUAGCUGUGUCGGAUUGCUUGAAGGUGGCAGGUGUUGGUGAAUAUCCUUCUUGGUUUUUAACAUCCAGUCUUGGGAAGAUGAAUGGAGUAUUUGAAAGUCCAAAAGGGAUGAGGAAUAAUCAACAGGCCUUUUGGUACUGGUAUAAUUAUUGCUCAUUUUGUGAAUACCUUGGUACAAUGGACCCCUCAGUGGGUAGGGAGUGAAUCCUCAGCAGUUAUUACAAAACAUCUUUAUGGGCACCUUUUGAAGGAAUCGAGUGUGUCAGUUGUUGCUGGCGCUAACUUAUUUCUUGUAUAAAAUCACACACUCAGAUGUCUAAUGGCCUGCACUGAAAGAAAUGAACAGUUAAACCUAUGUUUAGCCAUCAUUCUUAGCCAACUGACUGCUUAAUAAUACCGCGUGACGGCUUUAUUGACGUGAAAACGAUAAGUUAAGGGAUGGAGAGCGAGCUAGUAAGUGACCCCUUCAUAUAGGUUUGGCUGUGUGAGGCAUUUCACUGACAUCAUUUCCUAAACAGCAUGCUAAGAUACCUGAUGGUAGUGCAAAAUAAAUACACAAAACUUAGUAUUCACUUUUUACAUAUUAAAACAUGGCUUCAGUCUAGAAGAUAUCUUAAGUAAGAAUUGCUGUGCACUUCGCUAGGAUCAACAUUACCCUCUAUCCUCUCCACUUCUGUGGCUGGCUGCAAGUGCUGAUCGACGUGUGAGCAUCUGGAGUGCCGAUUGGUCCAAAGACUUCUGUGAGCUGGUGGACUGGCUGACCUUCCCUGCACCACCUAUUGGACCUGAUGGAAAAGCUCUUAGAAGAGGAGAUCCGGCACGUGAGCUUACUGAAGGCUUUUUCAACUAAAAAAAGAUGUUAUCAGUGUUUCAAGAUAUGCUACUUCAUUAUCCAUCAAAAUCAAUCUUCAGGUUUUGGUAAUGAAGUAUGUGAAACAUGCUUAAAAGGCAAAAAUUACAUCCCAUGGGGACUGUUUAUACCUCCCUGGGCUGCAGCUUGUUACUUUUUGGCUACAUUCAACUGUUGAUGAGGGCAUUUGGUUCAGGUAUGAGACUGAACGACAGAAAGUACCAUUCACUUUUAGUGGGAAAUACAUACCGAUUAAACCAGUCAGAACACUACAGUUGAACCUGUCUACAACAACGGCCACCUUGGGGACAGAAGAAAGCGGCCAUUGUUGUGAGGUGGCCGUUGUAGAGAGAUUGAAACAAUGGUGAAUGUAUGGAAUGUUCGCCAAAAAAAUGGCCACUGUAGAGAAGUGGCCGUUUGUGGAGGUUCGGCUGUAUACUAAAGUCAACCACUGUAAAACUGAGUGUAAUAACAUGGUGGUGGUGGUGCUUGUUCAACAGGCUCAGUACAGUAAACUUCCACCCAGUCUGGCCCAGUUCUCUCCAGCAGACCCUGACAUCAUUGUGUACACUGGCUAUGGCAUGCAGAAGGUGGUGCAGUUUUAUAGUCUUUCUCAAAAAAAGGUAAGACAACCCAGAUGGACAGAUAGUGUUCUGAUUCCAAGAUUACCUUAUUGAAGGUUGUUUUAUGUACUGGUGAUCUUUUCAUCUGGGAAGUAAUUAAAGGUCAGCAGCCUUAAGGGGCAGUUUUCAGUGAGGCAGUUAAGAAAAACAGUUGUAAUGCAGACAAUCCAACAACAACGGUCAGUUACAUGCAGUGCAAUAAAAGGAAAACUAAAAAUACAUUACAGGUAAGCAAAUGCUUAGCAUCUAAAUAAUUUCAUCUUGACACAUUGUUGGAAAGACACGAUCCAGUCACACAAGGCAGCAAUGCAAGGGUUUGCACUACUUUCCGAAUUUUUAAAAAACGUUUUUCCAGCGUCUGGGAGCACCUUCUGGAAAUUACUCCUGGGAUUUUAUUAUUGUUUUGGAUGAUUGUGGUACAGGAUACAGUGGAAGAAUAGCAGCACAGCUGCUACCUUAUUUUCUGUUCAGAAAUCAAUGUUUUGUAAGGAGUAAAUAAAUGAGGUCCUCAAAAAAGUUUCUUCUCUGUACCCUUAUGGAAAUAUUCCUGCAAUUUCACUUUCGUUUAUUGUAUGAGCCCCAAAUGUUUUAAACCAAAGCACUUGCAAACAUAAGCGAGCUUAAGCUGGAAGAAUGCUGACGUCCCAGAUGUGAUGAAUAGCAACUAGAAGUUCGAUGUCUCGCUUGAUGGAACACUUCUGACUCACAACAAAUCUAAAUACCUUUGUUUCAACUUCCACUGUAUUAAUUUGUCACAACAGAUCGCUGAAAGAGAGAAAAUAUCAACUUCUGGUUGCCAUUUUUGAUGUCUUCGACGUCAAUGUUUUCAUUGCUUAAGGUCCCUAUUCUUUCAAUCUUCGUCGAAAAUAGUGACUAAUCUUGACUACAUGUUAGGUUGUGCGAACGGCUGCAUUGACACAGUGGGCAACAUCUAUGGAUGUAUCACCCAAAGGACAUCUCAUUGCCAUCGCAACAGCAGGUAAACCACCUCCUCACUUAUUUCAAAAUGUGAUUGAUGUAUGAGAUGCAUUGAAUCAUCCAAUACGCAGACAUCAAGGCAGCCGAAACUUCAACGUGUCUGGAUCAGGAGUAGAUCCAGGAUUUUUUUUAGGAGGGGGUUCACUCGUCUCUUGCUCUACCUCGACACCAAUAAACCACAUAGUUUUUUUUUGGCAGAAUACAAGUUGUUUUAGAAAACCGCAGGUCAUCUCAGGGGGGUGGGGGGUGCGCACCCCCUGCACCCUCCCCCUAGAUCCGCCCUUGUGGAUAUCAGGUGAAACACUGAAUGGAGUGUUUGAUAUAGCUUCUCAAAUAAUCACUAAUUCUCAUAGAAAUUCAAAAAUUAAGUUUGCAAAAUUAGUCCUUUCUUGUCAACCUGUGCUUUGAAAUACAGUGUAUGGGACGAGUGUGGUUGACAGUCAUGUUUUUAUGUUUGAUAUGACUGGAAAUAAGGGUUGUAAGCUACUUAAAAAAAGAGGAUUGUAAACAGAAAGAAUGUGCAAAGUAAAAAGUGUGCUAUCAUCACUUACUACUAGAAGCCUUUUGACCAUAACUGUAUUGUUAGCAACACAAACAUUGCUCAUGUUUUUCCAGGCAUACGAUAAUUUCUUUCUCUAUAGCACUGAAUUUCAUUUUUUAAAGUUAACACAACAUACACUGUUUGUUUUGUUAUGCUUCUAGAGCGACUUGUGAAACUUAUGGAUUACAGUGAGGGAAGUUUUCAAGAUUUCCUUGGACACUGUGGUGUUGUAAACCAUGUAAGGUUUGCACCAUCAGGGGAGCUUUUUUGUUCAACAAGCCACUCAGAAAUUUUGACGUGGACUGUAAAAGCAUAGUUGGAAGUCAAAAGGUCUGAAUGGUAGCUUCUUUUGGUUGAAGCUGGAGUUGUGAGUUCCUCUUUAAUGCACUUAUUAAGUGUAGAGAGAGCUCAGUCUGCUCAGUCUGGAGAGCUACAGGAGCCUCCAUUGCAAGCAAAGGUAGACAGUUCUGAUCAGCUCAAUGAAUGGCAUCAUCCUCACCAACAAUGGCUAGCAGAUAGUUUUCAUGCAAUAUGACUGAGAUAGCAUACACAUGUACAGCCUUGUAUAAGACCUUGUAUCAACUUGUAUAAGACAGUGUUAAUGACAGUGGCAAACAAACUUUCCCCUUCAUGUUGUCAUAUGACUCCAUGGUCUCUUCCAUAAAACCAUACUUCCUGUAGGGCUUAUAUAAAUGGUGGAUAGUAGUUUGCUGGGAAACCACAGGAAGUAAGAAAAUUAUUGGUUGACUAAAAAUGAUAUUAACUCCCAUGUGGAGAUUUUCAUAAUUAAAAAAUUAUAUGAUUGUGUGUCAC